AUGGCCGCAGCUAAACCAGCUAAAGUUACGCGACGUUCGAGUCAAAAAAAGAAUCAAGAGAAUCCCCAGUUGACACGACAACUGACGGCAAUGCAACGAGAAAAGAAGAAGCUAGAAAAGGAACUUGCUGACGUACGCUCAAAACUAGAAAAACUACCUAAAAAAGCGAACGAGGAAGUUAAAGCCAAUCUUGAAUCACAAAUCCAGCAAAUUCAAAGCGAUCUAAUGGAUUUAGAUGAGCCAGAGAGAUCUACUCUAACGCCUGUUCAGGAGAACGAGGUGGUUAGCACGGAUACAACACCUAGUGAUCCUGGGCAAGGCGACAUUCUCAACGAAGGCCUUUUUGUUUCUUUGAACAAGAGGGACGAAGGCGACGAGUGUGAAACACUGACUCUCGAUGACCUUAUGGAAGAUCCAGACAAAGACACCCAGGGCAAUGGCAAACGCGAUGAAACGCCGAUAGGGUGGGCUAAGGGUAGCUUCGGGCGCCCAUAUAUUGUCUGCCAGCUCGGGCCGUCCAGCCUCGGAAACUUCCGAAUCAGAAAAGCUAAUGAGGUCAUCACAUCCAUCACAGGAGACAGUACAAAGAACCUCAGAGCCUCCAAGAUGGAUGAGUUGAAGAAAGAGGACGGUGAUUGGGUAUUGGGGCAGGGCGGCCUGGUAGGAAUCCAGGGCGUGGCUUGGCAUUAUUCCGAUGAGGAAAACAAGUUCGAACUACUCCAGAAACCAAGGGGCAUCACCUUAAUCAAGGUUAAGGUGUGCAUUGAAGAAGACGGUGUUACUAAAAAUACUAACUGCUGGGUGACCAAGACUGCUAUGAGGCGGUUCCGUAAGGGCUCUUUAAAGCUCCAAGAAGACAUCAUGGUAGGAGAUAAGGUCAUCAUAUCGAAGGACAAGAAAAUAAUGCAGGCAGACCUCAUUAUUAUUAGAGCAGCUAUUCGAUUCGACAAAAAGUAUCAAGAAUACAUUCGAGCGGGGCGAACCGGAGGAUACGACAGGUCUCCGUCUCCCGACCCGGAUGCGACCAAUUAACGAAGGUAAGAAGUCGGUGGAAGAAUGAUUGCUGACUUGCUCCGCCAGUGGCCGGUCCAUAUAUAGCUCAUGGCC